AUGGCGUCAAAACCAGACGACGAGCUCUACCAGCUCGAACUUCUCUCCCUCACAGGCAAAGUCGCAAACGAGCUGCUCAACCACACCGGCAUCAACGAUCGCGUCCUCGCAGAGUUCAUCCUGUCGCUACACGACUCAGCCACUUCUGUCGCAGACUUUAAAUCUAAGCUUUCCGAAGUAGGUGCCGAUUUCCCUGACAGUUUUGUCACCAACCUCGACCGGCUCAUUCUUCGAUUGCAUCCUAAACACAAGAAACCUUCCGCCUCCAAAGCUUCCACCAACGACAAACCCGGCUCUGCUUCACCCAGCGCAAAGGGAAAAGAGAAGGCGACGGCGGAAGACGAGGAGCGCGAGAGAAAGGCGCGCAUGUUUCCAGGUCUCGCCAUCAAAGACCAGGAAUGGCAACCUUCCGAGGACAAGGGUCGCAAUGCUGUCGACGACUUUCUCAAGGAGUUUGAAGACAUGGCUGCUGCAAAGUCCGCAUCACAUGCCAACGGCCAUGCAAGACACAACGGCAUCCGUUCUCCGCCCCCGGGCAAGGCGAACAGGUACGACAAUGACGAAAAUCGUGCAGCUUCCUCCUCUUCCUCGUCCCGCAGAGGUCGAGAUGACCGUCCACCAUCCCAUCUAUCCCGCCCAACUCCCGACGACCGACCGCAACUCUACAAGAUCUAUGAAGGUCAGGUCAGUAACAUGCGCGAUUUUGGCGUCUUUGUCAGUCUUGAAGGUCUCCGCGGUCGUUUUGAGGGCAUGGUUCACAUUGGCUCGAUUGCAGCAGGCACGCGCGUCAACCAUCCCUCCGACCUUCUUUCCCGAGGUCAGAGGGUCAAAGUCAAAGUCAUGUCGGUCGUUGGCGACCGCAUUGGUCUAUCCAUGAAAGAUGUCGAUCAAGCAACUGGACGAGAUCUCACGCCGCACCUCCGCAUCAAAACCGAGGCAGAAAUGGCAGAGGAACGCGAACGCCACGCCGCUCGUUCUGCCAGUGGUGCCAAUAGCGCACCCUUAGGUGGCACCAGAGGAAGCAACGGAGCUGGAAGCGGUAUCGCCGUCAAAGAAGACGGUCGUGGUAGAAGCAUGAAACGGCUCACUAGUCCCGAACGCUGGGAGCUGCGUCAACUCAUCGCCAGUGGUGUUGCCAAAGCCAGCGACUACCCCGAACUCCUGGAGGAAGACCUGCGUACGCCCAAUACACAACCUGGUGCAGACGAUGACGAUGAGGAGAUUGACAUUGAAGUCAACGAGAAAGAAGCGCCUUUCCUCAAAGGUCAAACUAGCUCUUCCAUCGAAAUGUCGCCUGUCAAGAUCGUCAAAGCACCCGAUGGAACGCUCAACCGAGCUGCCAUGGCCGGUGCUACACUCGCCAAAGAGCGCAGGGAGCUUCGCAAGCAAGAGGCGGAAGAGGAAGCUGAUGCCGAAGCGGCUGAUAUGACUUCCGGCUGGCUCGACCCCAUGGCGCAGCAGGGUGAUCGCAUGUUUGCCCAGGAUCGACGCGGCAACAUCCUCGGUGCAAAGGCGCAGGAUCAACCUGCUUGGAAGAAGGAGACGUUCAACAAGGCCACCACUUUCGGCCGCAUCACCAACCUUUCUAUGCAAGAACAGCGUCAAAGCUUGCCCAUCUUUAAGUUGCGACAAGAGCUGGUGCAAGCGAUUCGCGACAACCAAGUCUUGAUCGUAGUCGGAGACACUGGCUCGGGCAAAACGACGCAGAUGACGCAAUACUUGGCCGAAGAGGGAUUUGCUGAUCGCGGCAAGAUCGGAUGUACGCAGCCGAGGCGUGUAGCAGCUGUGAGUGUCGCCAAACGUGUUGCCGAGGAAGUUGGGUGUAGAGUCGGGCAAGAGGUGGGCUAUACGAUCCGUUUCGAGGACUGCACCAGCCCAGAAACCAAGAUCAAGUACAUGACGGACGGUAUGCUUCAACGAGAGUGUCUUGUGGAUCCCGACGUAUCCAACUACUCGGUCAUCAUGCUCGACGAGGCACACGAACGCACGAUUGCAACCGACGUUCUGUUUGGACUGCUUAAAAAGGCACUCAAACGGAGACCGGAUCUCAAGCUCAUCGUCACAUCGGCAACGUUGGAUGCGGAAAAGUUUUCCACCUACUUUUUCGGCUGUCCAAUCUUUACCAUUCCCGGACGAACGUAUCCUGUCGAGAUUCUGUACACAAAAGAACCGGAACCGGACUACUUGGAUGCAGCGCUGAUCACGGUGAUGCAGAUUCACCUUUCGGAACCCACCGGCGACAUCCUCGUCUUCCUCACGGGGCAGGAAGAGAUCGAUACAAGCUGCGAGAUCCUGUUUGAGCGCAUGAAGGCGUUGGGACCUAGCGUGCCCGAACUGAUCAUUUUACCGGUCUACUCUGCGCUACCGUCCGAAAUGCAAACGCGUAUCUUUGAGCCUACACCCGCCGGAUCUCGAAAAGUCAUCUUGGCGACCAAUAUCGCCGAGACGAGCAUCACGAUCGAUGGCAUCUACUACGUGGUCGAUCCUGGAUUUGUCAAGCAGAACGCAUACGAUCCCAGGUUGGGCAUGGACUCGCUGGUGGUGACGCCAAUUUCGCAGGCGCAAGCUCGACAGCGUGCCGGACGAGCUGGACGGACGGGACCGGGCAAAUGCUAUCGACUGUACACGGAAGCGGCGUAUCGAAACGAGAUGCUGCCCAACUCGAUUCCUGAUAUCCAGCGCCAGAACCUAGCAUCGACGAUCCUGGCUUUGAAAGCGAUGGGUAUCAAUGAUCUGGUCAACUUUGACUUUAUGGAUCCGCCACCUGCGCAGACGCUGCUGACCGCCUUGGAAUCGCUCUACGCUCUUUCCGCAUUGGACGACGAGGGCUUGCUCACUCGGUUGGGCAGGAAGAUGGCUGACUUCCCCAUGGAACCGAUGAUGUCCAAGAUGCUGAUCGCCAGCGUCGAUCUAGGAUGUUCGGAAGAGAUGCUUUCCAUUGUCGCGAUGCUGUCGGUGCAGAACGUGUUCUACCGACCCAAAGAUAAGCAGACGCAAGCGGACGCCAAGAAGGCCAAGUUUUUCCAGCCGGAAGGAGACCAUCUGACUCUGCUGGGCGUGUACAACGGAUGGGCGGCAAGCAAGUUCAGCAUGCCGUGGUGUAUGGACAACUUUGUACAAGGUCGAUCGCUGCGUCGGGCGCAGGAUGUGAGGAAGCAGCUGGUUGGCAUUAUGGACCGGUACAAGCACGACAUUGUGUCGUGUGGUAAGAACUACAACCGCGUUCGCAAGGCGAUCUGUUCGGGCUACUUUAGAAAUGCGGCCAAGAAGGAUCCUCAGGAGGGGUACAAGUCUCUGGCGGAAUCGGGUGGCUCGGUGUACAUCCACCCGAGCUCAGCGCUGUUUAAUCGGGCACCCGAAUACUGCGUUUACCACGAAGUGGUGUUGACCACGCGCGAGUAUAUGAGGGAGGUGACGGCGAUCGAGCCAAAAUGGCUGGUGGAGGUGGCACCGAGGUUCUUCAGGACUGCAGAUGCGUUGAACAUCAGCAAGAGGAAGAGGCAGGAGAAGGUGGCACCGCUGUUCGAUCGGUUUGCCAAGCACCAGGAUGAGUGGCGCUUGAGCAAGGUCAAGCGGGUGGGCAAGAGCAGUCAGACAUUUGGUUAA